UACUUCCUCCCCCAGAAAACUUUAAAACCACAAGUUCAUACUGAAAACAGAAACUGCAUCGUGAGCUGCAGCCAUGGCAGAUGGCAAGACAGGAGGAGCUGGGCAGUUUGCAAAGCAGGUCCAAAAGCGAUUUAGCCGAGCCCAAGAGAAGGUGUUGCAGAAACUGGGCAAGACGGUAGAAACCAAAGAUGAGCAAUUCGAGCAAAGCGCUUACGAUUUCCAGCAGCAACAGAUUGAAGGCCAGAAACUCUACAAGGACCUUAAGGCUUUCCUCAGCGCUGUGAAAGUGAUGCACGAAAGUUCCAGGAAAGUGGCGGAAACCCUGCACGAAAUUUACAAUGUGGAAUGGGAUGGACACGGGGACUUGAAAGCCAUUGCAGAGAGCAAUGACCUCCUGUGGGAAGACUAUGAGGAAAAACUAGCUGACCAGGCGGUGAGAACCAUGGAGAACUACAUGGCUCAGUUUGGUGAAAUCAAGGAGCGAAUUGCUAAGCGGGGGCGGAAGGUGGUGGAUUACGACAGCGCCAGGCAUCACCUGGAGGCGCUGCAGAAUGCCAAGAAGAAAGAUGAAGCUAAGAUUGCAAAGGCUGAAGAGGAAUUCUACAAAGCGCAGGCUGUGUUUGAGGAUCUUAACAAAGAACUUCGAGAGGAGCUCCCGGUUCUUUAUAACAGCCGCAUUGCUUGCUACGUGACCAUCUUCCAGAAUAUUUCCAAUUUAAGAGACAUCUUCUACAAGGAGAUGAGUAAGCUGAACCACGACUUGUAUGAGGUGAUGAGCAAACUGGAAAAGCAGCACUCCAGCAAAGUCUUUAUCAUUAAAGGGGUGCCGAGUAACAGGCGCUCGCUGGUCAUCUCCUCCCCGGUGAGUCGUCCUCCUGUCGUUUUCACAUCUCUGGGAAAUUCUGCAGAUGGGACCCCUGAGCUGCCUCCUAACGAUUCAACGUGUCACGCGAGAGAAUCUGUUUCUUCAGCAGCAGAGGGGGAGGCCGCAUCCUCUGGUGGCAGCGAAAUCCAGGAUGAGCGACCGGCAUCUCCUGCUGCUGUUUUGACCCCCGACAAGAAAGAGUCCAUGUCAGCAGCAGAGGUGCAGUCCGGGUCCUCUGGUGCCAGUGAAAUCCAGGAUGAGACACCCACCUCUCCUGCUGUUCCGAUGCAUGACAAGAGAGAAUCCCUGUCAGCAGCAGAGAUGGAGUCUGGGUCCUCUGGUGCCAGUGAAAUCCAGGAUGAGACACCCACCUCUCCUGCUGUUCCGAUGCAUGACAAGAGAGAAUCUCUGUCAGCAGCAGAGGUGGAGUCCGGGUCCUCUGGUGCCAGUGAAAUCCAGAAUGAGAAUCAAAGUGGGACUCUGGAGGAACCCAGCCGAGUGACAGAGAGGUCAUACCGGGGAGUUGAAGAUAUUGCAGCAGCUACGGCUGCAGAGAUUCUAUCUGCCGCUAUAGCUGAGGCUGUGGGCAAAGCCAAAACGUCUCCGCCGCCCUCUGAUGGUGCAUCAGCCCAAACCCAGACUCCAGGAAGCCUGGAGGCCGACACUAGCGACCUGCAGGGGGGAAAUGAAUGCUCUGUACUCCAUGCGAGCAAUGAAAUCCCAUCUCUGCAAGCACCCCCUUCACCUGACUUGAGAGAGGAGGCCAACCCAUCAGGAGAUACCCAACCCACAGCUUCCCAGCAAGAAUCAAGUCAGCCAGGAAACGGGAUGCCCCUCGGUGAGGUUUUAGUUUGCCCUGAAAAUGCCACGUACCCUCCUGACGAAGACGCUUCCCCUCCCACCCCAGUCCAUGAAGUUCAUCAAGACCCAGCCAGCACCCGUGGCUCCAGUCCACCCGAAGCAGAGGAACGGGCCAAUGGCCAGAAGCAGCCGCAGCCAGAGACUGAGCGGACGAUUUGCCAGCCAAGCCGGGAGGCCGAAGAGGACCGGGGCAGCGAGGGGAGCAUGGAAGAACUAAACAUUUCCCCAACGGUGGCUGAAACACAGAUGAUGUUUGCCUUCACUCCAAAUGGUGAAACAGGCAGCAGCAGCCAUGAGCUGCCUGUGGGCUUCCUCUUCAAGGCUCAAGCAAUCCAGACUCACACGUCAGACGAUGAAAAUCAUCUGCAGUUCAGGGAAGGGGAGAUAAUUCUGGUGGUAACCAACUCUCAGGCCCAGGAAGAAGGAUUUCUGACCGGCUUCAAAGAGAGUGACUGGAAGGUGAACCGGGAUCUCCUACAGAAGAGAGCUUUCCCCCAAGAUCUCAUCAGACCCAUCUCCUCCAAAUGAGUCUAGUGCAUCAAAGUGGGUGGAGUGGGAGAGAAACAGGAUCUAUUUAUGACAGGUUUCAGAGUAGCAGCCGUGUUAGUCUGUAUUUGCAAAAAGAACAGGAGUACUUGUGGCACCUUAGAGACUAACAAAUUUAUUUGAGCAUAAGCUUUCGUGAGCUACAGCUAACUUAAUCCGAAAGCAGUAACGUUGCCGUUGUAACCAAAGAGUGCUUUGCCACAUCCAUCCGAUUCAGAAUGUAAGACUGCAACGGGGCAUGUGGGGACGGGAGACAAAACCCGUCAUGUUCAUUUUGUUUUGAGAAAGUGGGAAUUAAUGGAGCUGUACCUUACUGGCAGGUAUAGGAACAAGCUUCAGUUUGAUUCCACAGUGCCUGCUGCAUGCCCCUUAGAAAAAGCACAGAAAUCUGAACACCCCCUCCCCGCCAUAAAUAUCAGGGAAUUUACUGUCACAAAUUGUUUGGCAAAACCAAUAGUGAAGCAUUGGUUGAAGAUACUGCAGCCUAGUUGAGGGUGUUUUAUCCCUAUGCUUCAAUCCCCCUGCAUUUAUGCUUGGUGAAGGCCAGGUUCCCCAGAGCACAUGGUUAACUUUAAGCACCUGAGUAAUCCCAAUGGAAAUGUCUGCAGCUACUCAUGUGCUUAGCUUUAAGAAUGGGCUUCUAUGCUUUGGUGGAUCAGGGCCUUAAUCCCUUAGCAACUAGGUUCCAUGAGACCCUCCAUCCAGCUCCUUCCUGCAGACCAGGUGAGCCCCUGGAAAGGCCCAGCUGCCUUGGGGAUGCUUUUCAGGUAGGGGGCUGGCUCUGUCCACUCGGGUUCAGAAUCUGGAGGGGCGGGAGUUAUUUUGUGGCUCUGCUGGCCAUGGGUGGCACAUAGCAUCAGCUGGGGAAGGCUGUGCCUCCCCAAACAGCCUGGCGUGGCCCCAUCCUCACUCCUCCCUGAAGCCCUGCUUGGCCCCAGCCCAGGCAGGCUGCUCCUCUUUAGGGAAGCAGCAUGCUGGGGCUAGGGCGGCUGCGGGGGGGGCGGGGGCGCUCAGGGGUGGGAGACAGGAGGGACUGGGGCUGCCCUCCCAUGUUUGGGGGCCAGGGGGGGUGCGCAUGCCCAGUGCUCCAGGGCUUGGGCGGGGGCUCUGGCGGGGGAUGUGGGGGCAGGGUCAGCUGGGGGCUAGUCUCCCCCAGCCAGUGGUUCACCCGCCGCCCAUGCUGCUGGUCCUGUAAAUGCACCAUUCGCUGGGGCUGAAUCCACAAAAGAUUAGCUUCCCUCACUUCCUUGGCAACGCUGUGACUUCUGUCUGCCACUUGCAUGGUUACUGGUAAUUGUCCCUAAGGCACAUGAUGGUGACCAGUGCUGGUGUUAGCCCGCUGGGGGCCCUAAACCAGAAUAUUUUUGCCCUUCCCCCAAUACUAAAAAGCUAAUGGGGGGCUCCUUGAGCUGCCUAUGCCUAGCACAGGCUCUAACGUGACAGGGGUUGAUCCAUGGGAUUGGCCUCGAUAUCCUGUUAUUCCAGGAAAGGCGUUUCACUGGCCCUCCCCAGAGAGGAAAUAGCAAUAAAUAACUCAUGGCAUCUUCUUACCACUAGAAAUUUGGCCACCGUUUUAAAUCCCAAGAUAUUUCAAUAAAGACACCGUGCUGAAUAAUUCCUAA